GUUAAAUAUUGUCAACGUCACCAACAAAAUGCUAAAUUAAAGGAGUAGAGAAUUGUUUUUUCGAUUAUAGAUGAGAUUUAGUUGUACAUCUGUUUGCUUAUUUGUUUUACCUGUAUUGCUUAAUCUUUAAAAGGCCCGUUAGCUGGAAUAUCAUGGCUGAUUCAGUGAAAGAAAAUCUGGAGAUGCAGGUUUCUGAGAUGGAAAUGCUGUUUUCUAUGUUUCCUGGUGAAGGCGACAUCAGACUCGAAGACGCGUGUGCCUUGCUUCAUGUGAGGAGAUACCUGGAGGGUGUACGAGAGUCUUUGCCACCUCGUAUCGAAUUUUGUAUCGAAGUAAAAAUUGACAACCCCCAGGUUACAGUAGAUCUACAUGCAUCCUUGCCUCAUUCCUACCCCCAAGUUGCACCAGUACUAUUUACGAGAUGUUCUUCUCUGGACAGACAGCAGCAGAAGCUGUUAAAUGACAAUCUGUCUUCGUACAUCAGUGCCUUAGACCGAGAAGAGCUCUGCAUUACCCUGGCUGUUCAGUGGGUACAAGACCACAGCAUGCUUUUCUUAAAGAACUGUAAAUUACCUCCAGAACCUGCUGGGAGAACCCAAGAAGUCAACUCUGUAUUUCAUAGAAUGUGGAUUUACAGUCACCAUAUAUAUCGUCAGGAACUGAGAGAGAAAAUUCUCAACUGUGCAAAAAAGCUGCACCUGACAGGAUUUUGCUUAACUGGAAAGCCUGGGGUUAUUUGUGUUGAAGGAGCAAAGGAUGAUUGUGAAGAGUUCUGGCAUGACAUUAGAUAUCCCAAUUGGAAGCACAUUUCCUGCAAACAUGCAGAAACAAUAUCAGAAGUAAACAAUAUUGAUGAAUGUCAUUUGUUCCCUGCUUUUGAAGAACUGACAUUUGAAGCACAUGGUGAUUAUGGAUUGCGAAAUGAUUACCACAUGGAUUUAGGGCAGUUCUUAGAGUAUCUUAAGGAACAUAAAAGCGAACAUAUAUUUCAGAUACUAUUUGGGAUUGAUGGAAAAACUGACUUGUGAUUAUUUUUACUUAUACCAUUCCAAAAUGUGACAGAAUUAAAAGUCUUGUUCUCCUGUUCA